AUGGAGUCCUCCAAGGAUGCCCAGCACAGUGAUGUUCUAGAAUCUAAAGGCUGCUUGGCUAACAGGACGUCCUCUCAUCAGAACAAAAGGACCAGCCUCUCGUCUUCUGAUGGAACAGGUCCGAGAGUCACUGAGUCCCCAGGCCUUCCCAGGGUGCUGACUCCCUCUGACACGGCUGCGGGGCUGGGUCGGAAGACCUCCUCCUCUUCAUCCUCCUCCUCUUCAUCCUCCUCCUCUUCCUCGGCACAGUCUCAGCCCUCCUCCAAAGUUUCCCUGCCUGAAAUCCAGAAGGAAAAAUGUCCCGAGGAAUUCAGCCUGCUCAAGUCACAGACAAAAGAUGGGCAGCGUCCUGAGUGGACAUUUUAUCCAAGGUUUAGCAGCAACAUCCACACCUACCAUGUGGGAAAGCAGUGCUUCUUCAACGGGAUCUUCCGGGGCAACAGGAGGUCCGUGACAGAAAGGACAGUGGACAAGAGCCUCGGGAAGAAGAAAUACGAUAUCGAUCCCAGAAAUGGAAUCCCCAAAUUGACACCAGGGGAUAAUCCGUACAUGUUCCCAGAACAGAGUAAAGAGUUCUUCAAAGCAGGAGCAACUCUGCCGCCGGUGAACUUCUCACUGGGACCUUAUGAGAAAAAAUUCGACACAUUUAUCCCGCUUGAGCCACUUCCGCAAAUUCCCAAUUUGCCUUUCUGGGAGAAGGAAAAGGCCAACAAUUUGAAGAACGAGAUAAAAGAAGUUGAGGAGCUUGACAAUUGGCAGGCGCCGAUGCCCUUCCUACAUGGUUUUUUCUCUGCUGGGACUGGGGAGAUGGCUCCACGGUUAAAGGUGCUUGCUGCUCUUCCAGAAGGAACAAGUUCAGUUCUCAGCACCCAAGGGAGGCUCACAACCCCCUGUAGUUCCAGCAUCAGGGGGUCUCAAACCCUCUUCCUGCCUCAUCGGACCUCCUCACACGUGUUGCGUACACAUGCACGCACGUUACAUAUAAAUAAAAAACCUUAA